GUCAUGUGAGGGGUUGUGGCUGCUCUCUGGAGCCUGCGGGUUGGCGGCCGCCAUUGCUCCCGCAUCGGCUUCUCCCCCGGGGUUCACCGCCGGCGGUGCUGGGAGGCGGCUUUCGGGGAGAGAUGACAGAAGUUAAGAGGGAGGUGUUCGGGCGGAUGCCCCAGGAGGAAGGAGGAGAAGUGGUGGAAAAGUUCGUCUUAAAGUCGGACAGCGUGAAAGUGGAGAUCUUGUCCUUAGGGUGUAUAAUCGCCGCUCUGGAGACGAAGGGCAGGGAUGGGGAGUUUUCAGAUGUUGUCCUAGGCUUUGACAGUUUGGAAGGUUACACAAAGAAGCACCCUUUCUUUGGUGCCGUCGUGGGGCGUGUUGCCAACAGAAUUGGGAAGGGGAGGUUCUCCUUGGAUGGGAAGGAGUAUCAGCUCUUCCUCAACAAUGGGCCCAACAGCCUGCAUGGAGGAGCCAAGGGAUUUGACAAGGUUCUGUGGAGCCCUGAGGUUCUUCCAAACGGUGUCUGUUUCUUCCGGCUCAGCCCUGAUGGUGAGGAAGGCUACCCCGGUGACCUGAAAGUCUGGGUGACCUACACGCUCAGUGGUGGGGAGCUCGCCAUCAACUAUCGAGCCCAGACCAAUAAGACAACACCCAUCAACCUGACAAACCAUGCAUACUUCAACCUUGCAGGGCAGGGCUCACGGGAUAUCUAUGACCAUGAGAUUUCUAUUGAAGCAGAUUCCUACCUGCCUGUGGACGACACCCAGAUCCCUACUGGGGAGGUGGCUGCUGUGCAGGGCACCAGCUUUGAUCUCCGGCAGCCUGUGGAACUGGGAAAGCACUUGAAGAAGUUUUGUCUGGGUGGCUUUGACCACAACUUCUGCCUGCAUCAGACUCGAGUUCGACGCCUUGUGGCCAGGGCUCGCCACCCACCCACUGGCAGGACCAUGGAGGUUCACACUACACAGCCUGGGAUGCAGUUUUACACUGGGAACAACCUGGAUGGCUCCCUGAAGGGCAAAGGUGCUGUUGUGUACCCCAAGCACUCGGCUUUCUGCCUGGAAACCCAGAACUGGCCUGAUGCCAUCAACAAGCCCCACUUCCCUGACUCCCUGCUCCGCCCAGGUGAGGAAUACAACCACACCACCUGGCUCGUUUUCAGCACCACUUGAGAAAAGAUGCUGACUACUACCACCAAGAGGGAACCCGAUCGAGACCGGCGGGGAGACACAGACCUAGACCUACGAGGAGACACGGACCGGGACCUACGAUAGGAAGCUGACCUGGACCUGAAAAGUAAAUUAAAAGAGUUGUAAAAUUACAGCUUUUUUUAUGCAAAAGAAACAAAUAGAAAUAAAAGACAAGCUUAAGCGUACCUCCUA